AUGGCUGCAGCCGAUAAUGUCUUUGCUUUAUGUCAUAUCGCUCUAACUAAAGCUGUCACAUACAAAUCAGUCCCAAAACGCUACGUAAAUGAGCUUGUCACUCAUUUCGAUGCUGACCCAGUAAGCUUUAGUAGAGCCAUUCAAAACGUCGCUUUACAGCUGAUUCCUCAAUUUCGUCGAGAUCCUGCCUCAGAAAGAGGUAUGAAAGUAAUUGUAGCCGUCCUCGACGAACUCAAGAAAAAAGUCUCUACCUUUGACAGUGAAAAUGAUAUCAAAAAUAUACUCAGAACUGUCGUUGCUAUAAUGAAACUUAUGCUACAAAUAAAUUAAGAGUCUUAGUGUCUUCCAAAUUUGAUGCCUUGCACGCAUUCGACCAACACUAACCUGCUUGCCGAGCGGAUAUCAAUCGCUAUUUGGAACAGUGCUUCUCUAGGAGCAGGGCUUGCACUGUGAUCCCCAAGAAUCUCGACGGGCUAGGAAGGCACCCUGUCAGUACGCCAUCUGGUGCUAUGGAGGUAAAGAUAGCCCAAUACCUCCUGUCGAUUGUCUGACACUCAGGAAAAUAGAACCAUGGCCCUCGGAACCGGCAGAGAAAAACCCAUAGCGCAAAACCAUCCGUAUAACUAAUUCUUGGACUGGAAUAGUCACCAGCUGACUCCAAAGGUUAAACCACCCCAUACGGCUGCUCUAGGCAAGCUAAGGGUUAGGAUUAAAGAACCUAAAUCUUUUUUAAUCUAUAAAGCGAAUUAGGCGCCCAAAGCGGUGUGCUGUCAGCAUGGACAUAUUUUGUUGUCGCCACCAUUAAUUAUUUAUGCUACAAGGAUGUGAAGCUAAGGAAAAGCCUACAAGAUUAGGCUGCGUAUGGAUGCUCGAAAGACUUAUUGCUAUGAACUUUUGUGAUGUUCUAGAUAUCCCAGACCACAUUUUCACUAACUCCGUCCAUGAGAGCAAGCAUAUAUAGUGAAAAUUCUAAUUUUUUUAAAAAUUUAAUAUUAAAUAUUUUUAUAGAAAUUUUUUAGAUCAUUAUUGACCAUCCAUUUUAAAUUUAAAAUUAACUUGUCAUUUUUUUUGAAAAGUAAAAAACAAAAUGGCAAAUCUCCGAUUAUGGUUAAAGAUGCCUAAUCAGACUUAGACUCUAUAAUGAAAGUGUCUUGAACAAUAUUUUUCUAGUUAAAAUUCUGCUGGGGUGCAGCGAUCUAUCUGGUGCAUAAAUUAUAUUACUGUUUGCUAUUUUCAUUGACUAAUCUUAUCAAUUGGCAUUUUAAAAUAAUUAGCAAAUCAAAUUAGCGAAUUAUAAAAAUCCACAAAUUUCUCUAAUAAAUAUUUUAUAAAAUUUUCUAUAAAACAAAAACUCUGCGCAUCAAGGGCAAAAUCUCUCUGGUUUAAGGGAGUAAGAUGAUUGAAAACACAAAGGUGCUUUUGAAAGAUAAAUAUUCUCCUGUAAGAUAUUUUUCAAUACAUUUAGCAGCAAAGCUUAAUAUGCUAGAAGAGAUAGAAAAAGUUAUGAAUUACGAUCCUUUACAAGACGUCAGAAAACAAGCCGUCAAUUUGAUGCCAAUGAAUGAAAAAACAAAAAUCUGCAUAGGAGGAAGACUUUGUGAUAAAGAAGAAAGCGUAAGACAAGCAGCUUGCAAAAGACUGCAAGAAGUGCUAUUCAGUGAACUUCCCCUAGAAAUCCGAAGAGAAAUUGUAUCUUUAUCAGUUAAAGACAGAAGUGAAAAAAUUAGGGACGAAGCCAGAAAAAUAAUUUCGUCUUUCUUCAGUUGGUUUAAACAAGAAGCCCACAAAGAAGAAGCCCAGGAAUACGAAGCUAUUGUAUAUUUUACAACUUUGCUUGAAAUCAAUACAUUAGAAAAGAAAUAUCAAAGAGAAGUUACCAAAUGCAUUAAACUUGUAUGUGAAACUAUAGUUUCCCCAGCAGAUUUAAGUGAGCUUCUCAAACAAGUUUUAUUCCCUAGCUUAUGCUCAGCUAUAAACACACCAGGAAAAAAUACUCAGUCGUCGAUAUCAAAAACAUCAAUGCUUCUUUUAAGAGUUAUUACCGAAUACCUCAAAGGAAGUCAUGAAGAAAUAUUAGAAAAGGUCAUCCCCGAUGUCGACCUUUUAUGCCAACUUGUGCUGUUUUAUCAACAGCAGCCUGAUUUAUUUUUCGCUCAAAACAUGAUUUUAAUAUCAUACUGCAUAGACCGAGGUGAAGAGUUUUCUCGUCAAAAAUUGCUAGACACUUAUAGAGAAGUUUGCUUUAAGCUUCCACUUGCUGUGCCAGAAGUAAACGCCUCAGCACAAAUUGAAGAUGCUUAUAACUGUGUCGGCCAAACUGACUAUUUUUAUUAUCGUGCUCAAGAUGUGCUAAGUCUUUCAGUCAGUUUAAUAAAGCAGCUUCAAAAAGAAUAUGAGACUGAAUUUUGCAGAAUUAUGAUAGAAAUUAUCAAUGAAAUUAGAGACCCAUUGAUUGCGCCUAUAGAAGAUGAAAAUAUCAGGGUGUUUGUGGAGGACACCCAAAGGCCACCAUCUAUGCUUGAAAAAAGAGAAGCUUUAUUAGGAAAAAUCACUGAGCUAGAUGAUGAAAUUGAAGCUUUGGAAAAUGAAAAAGAAAGGUUGAUUGAUAGAGGAGAAUAUUCAGACGCCAUAAAAGUAAAACAGCAGUAUGAAGAAGUAUUGCAGCAGGUCAAUAAAAUGGAAGAAGAGCUCAACCACUUAGAGCAUGAAAUUUUAUUGAUUUUGUAUAGAUCACUUAUGCUGCACUCAGAAAUGCUGAGAAAUUCGAAACAAGGGGAUAUUGAUGCAGAUGCUUCAGAAAUCAUAAACACUUUAAUAUAUCCUGCUUUUAAGUUCACCGACACUUAUAUCCCAUGUCUUGCAAUUGAAAGUUUAGGGCUGCAUUGCUUGCUGAAAUACGAUAGGUGUAGAGAAUAUUUAUAUAUUUUUAAAACAGUCCUAGACAAAAAAGAAGACACUUUAAUUGAAUUCUUAGCACUGAGAGCUGUUUUGGACUUUUUCAUGGUCUUUGAAAUAUUAAAAGAAGAUGAAGAUGAGAUGAUUCAAGACAAUGAUGAAGACCUUUCAUGCUCAGGACAAACUGUAUUUGCUAUUGCUGCAAGCUAUUUGGAUUCUAAUAACUCAUACAUGCAAGCUUUGACGUGUGAAGGAUUAUGCAAAUUAUUGCUAUUAGAAAAAAUCAAGCAUGGAGAGCCUGUGCUUACUAAGCUGUUGCUAUUGUUUUUUGAUCAAGAUUCGCCUGAUUCAAUAAAGCAGGUUUUACAUGUGUUUUUCACUCAUUAUUCUCUUCUUUGUGAGAAAAAUGCUAUGUGUUUGGCUGAAUCUUUCAAGAUGGUUCUUUCUGUCAUAACGAACCAGUUAAAUAAAACUGAAAUUGGCUCAUUCCAAACUUUAGACCUUUCCCAGGUGAAUUUAAACAGAAUUUUCAGCUUUGUAUUUUUAUAUCUCAACCCUGACUACUUAAGGGAGCACGCAAAAUUUACCCCUACAGUCAAUCUGCAUUUCAAUAUGUUUUACUACUUAAGCAAAGAGACCUUGAAUAAUCUAACCUUUUCUCAAGCCAAAAUUUAUCCAAGAAUGAUCGCACAGGCAAACUUUUAUUCAUUCACUCCUAAGGAGUCUUAUCUAGCUGCAAAGCUUUUAAAUAAACUUGCUAAAGAAAUCAAAGAUAAGACUUGUUUGAAUUCUAUACAAAAAGCAAUUGAAAUUACUAUAGAAAAAGAUAAGAAAUUUGCAGCAGUACUUGAUCCUGAACUGGAAGAGCAUAUGGAAGACUUAUAUGAAGAAAGCAUAAACUUAGCAGCGAGCUUUAUACAGAAACUGCACUCUCAAGACCCUAAUAAGAUUUUAACACCAUUUAAAUCGGCAACCAAAAAGGCUGAGGAAUCUGAUGACCCAAUUGAAAGUUCUUCAGAAGACUACGAUAUGCCAGCAAAGAGAAUUAUUUCUUCAUCUGAUCAAACUCCAGCGAAAAAGCGUUUUAAAUCUUCUAACUCUGAUAUAUAAAAUAUAAUUGCAUUAAAAAUUAUUAUUUUAUGCAUAUAAAAUCUAUUAAUUUUUUUAACGUUCUUAUUGGAGUAAAUAA